UAGAUAUAAAUUUUCUUGAAAAUUCGUCUAAGUUUGCCAAAUAGGUAUUUAAUUUCAAAAUAAGUUUUCUGAUCGUUUUUAAAAUGAGUCUAAUGAAGCAAUCAAUUGAAGAAAAGAUGUCGCAAAGUAUAUUCUAUAACUUCAAUAUCAUGAAGCGUUCUGUUAAAACAACUUGUGAAUUCGAAGAAGUUCUUUCACCCACAAUGUUCAUCAAAUCAAAUACAAAAGCUUUUAUUCACGUAACUCACUUUUUGUUUAAUAUUAUCGAUCAAAAAGAGUUUAAAGCCAAGUUUCUCUGGCCCAUUUUGGAUAAGAAAAGAGAAAACAUCUACCGAACCUCAUCAGUUGAAUUUGUAAACAGAAUUAUCGAAAAGUACAAUCUUCGUAGAGAUAAAAUUACACUCGCUUUUGUUGUUCAUCCUACAGGAAAGAAAUUUAUGUCAUUGAUUCUUGACUUGAUUAUCCUUGCAUCGAAUGAACUCAUGAAGCGUCGAAAUUUUUCUCAUGAAAAAUCAUUCGAUAUCAAUAAAGCAAUAGAAACAGUUAGUGAAAUAAAAUACAAUGAAACUGAGCUUAUAGCGGAAAUAGCAAAGUACAUCCAAGAGACUCAAGAAAAUAUUCUGGCCAUUCAACAGUUUUUGGAAAAAAUUUAUCCAAAAGAAGAAUUUACUACACCAUUCCCAGAACUUAUUGCAUCAUGGAAUGAACACAACAUCAGAUUGUUAUACGAAAUCAAGAAACGAAAUGGAGAAAUUAAAGAAAUCUAUAAGAAAGCUGGAGAUGUUCAUGAGAGAGCUACAAAUUUACUGACAUUCAAAAAUAACGAAAUUUUUUCUCCAAAAAGUGAAGAAAUCAGAGAUGUUGUUGAUUUUUAUGAAAAUAAUAUUUUAGGAGCUUUGAAUGAGUCAAAAACUGAUCAGAACCUUUUCCAAGGUGAACUUACAUAUUCAUGGCUUAUUCACCAUUUGAAUCAUGUGAUUGAUGCGAUUUUACAAUUUGUCACAAAUUAUUCACCUGAAGAUGUCGAGGCAGUGAAAGAAUAUUCAUUAGCUAUUGAACAGUUUGUCUUCAAACUUGAUAAAAUCAAAGCAGAUCAUAACAAAUGGCAGUCGAAGAUUAAAAAAACAAUUCCAGAAAUUAUUCAAAAAUUAAAAAUAUUGAAGGAUGAAGAGAAAAAACAAGAAGAAACAAGUAUUUCACUUGGAGAGUUGGAAGAAUGUGAGUCCGAUGGUCUCGAAUCAGAAGAUUUAAAACUUAUGUUAUCACCUAAAUACUACUUUGACGUAAGUGAAAAGUGUGUAAGGACAGGUGCAGCAGAGAAAACUCGACUUGCUCUCUUGAAUAAUAGUAAUGAUAGUGAAGAUGGAAGAAACAAGGAAAAUUUUAACGAGAAAUCAAAGUUUUAUAGAUCUAAAAGAGCACCAUUUACUAACCAAACAUCUUACAUGAAUCAAUCGCAAUCAACUACUACAAUGGGUCCUCCGAAUAGUCUUCGCAAACGUUUUGAUUCAAUGGAGAUUUUAAAUCGUGCAAAGAGUGUAAACAAAAAUAAUGUUUCCAAUUUAAGUUCCAAGUACACUGGCACUAUUAGAAAACAAAUUUCUUCAACUCCUAGAUUAUCAUCCACAAUGUUUCCAGGUGAUUCUCAUUUUUCAGAAUUUAAUUUUUCAGGAAUAAGUGAAGUUACUUAUUCACCCGAUGAUGUUGUUAACGGAUGUGAAGGUAGAAAGCAAAUUAUUGAAACAGAAUUUGAAAUUGAAAGAAUUAUCAAGGAUAACAUUUUAUGUUUUGAUGCUGAAGUAAAGGAUAAAGAUCAAUCUGUGUCGAAUAUAAUUUCCUUGGAAAGAGCUGAGAAAACAAUGGUUUUAAAAUCUAAAAUAACUGAUGAAGAUAAUGAAAUACAUCAACAUGAAUAUGAACCAACUGAGGAAUUCCAAAAGACUGUCGAAAAUUCCAGUUUCCCAUCAUUAAAACAUCAAACUGAUGAAGAUCUGUUCAAUAUAAGUGAUACUAUUUUGAAAACGAUUGAGGAAUAGAUAGAAAA